UCAGCUAAGGAGGAAGAACCAAAUUGACCAAUAGAAUGUACAUGGCUGAAUAUUAACUCCAGGGAUAUUUUAGCUGUUUGUCCAAGUUGGUUGACAACAGCCAGUGACACAGAUCGCACAGACUUAUCAUGGCGUCGCUAUUUGACCAAUAUGAGCAAGCUUCAUCAAGAAAGCCGAAGACAUUCACUCAACGACAAGCCAUGCCAGAACCAAUUGCCACUGGAUUUAUAAAUGCAAGGCUUGAAGAUGAUACGCCAGUGUUCAAUAAACAGAGGAUUAACUUUAAUCCACCUGACCCAAUCACUCACUUGUGUGUGUGUAACAACUUCCUGGUUAUGGCCAUGUCCACCAAUAUAUUACUACGCAUAGACUUGGAACAUCCAGAUACUCCUGAUGAGGUGGAGCUACCCAGAACUGCUAAUGAUAAAGUUUAUUCUAUGUUUCUUGAUCCUACUGGCCACCACCUGAUUAUCUCCAUGAACUCUCAAGAAAAUUAUUAUCUUCCAAAAAGUUCGAAAAAAGCUCGUCAGCUCAGCAAAAUGAAGGGGCAUCUGAUUGAUUCAAUAGGCUGGAAUAGACAGAACACAAACAACACAUCCACCAGUGCAAUACUCUUAGGAACCAGUCGAGGGUUGAUAUUUGAGGCAGAGAUUGUCUCGGGAGAAGAGAGGGGAUUCUUCCAAGGCAGUUUAGAACAAUACUGUAAACAGCUGUUCUCGCUAAGUCGUGACAAAACUGAACCAGUUACAGGAUUAGAGUUUGAAAAAAUGACGUCUUCUCUGAAUGAGUACAAAUAUUUCAUCAUAGCGACUACGCCUGGACGGCUUUACCAAUUUAUUGGCACUAUUCCAAGUAGCACAGAGCCACCUAUGUUUACUCAUGUAUUCCAAGAUUAUGAAGAUGUACCAGAAAGAUUCCUUGAACUCCCAGGCAACUUUGGUUACAGUAAAUUGUUAAUGUACCAUGCAAAGUUUAGGGAACAACCCAGAUCAUUUGCCUGGAUGACAGGUCCUGGUGUGUACCAUGGCAGCAUUGAUUAUACUGGAGCCAGUGGCCAGGAUUCUGUUACUGUGGAAACCAAGUUGAUGCCAUACCCCAAUGAUGAGGGUGAUAGACCAGUGCCACCUAUGUCCAUUGUACUGACUGAAUUCCAUGUUUUAAUACUUUUCCCUGAUAAAUUGAAGGCCAUGUGUGUAUUGAAUGACCAGCUUAUAUAUGAUGAUACUUUCACAGAUAGGUUUGGCAAGCUCCUAGGUCUGUGUAAAGACCCCCUGAAAGGCACUAUAUGGGCAUAUACCAACCAAGCAGUAUUCAAGUAUAAGGUUAUUAGAGAAUCAAGAGACGUCUGGCAAAUGUAUCUUGAUGUAGAGAAUUUUGAGGCAGCCAAGAACUAUUGCAAGGAUAACCCAGCAAACAUGGACAGAGUCCUUACAAAAGAAGCAGAAUACAACUUCAAAAAUAAAAAUUUUGGUAAGAGUGCCUUGCUGUAUGCUCAGACACAGAAUAGCUUUGAGGAGAUUGCCCUGAAGUUUAUCCAAGUUGAUGAGAAAAAUGCCCUGAAAUCAUUCCUCAUAAAGAAACUGUCUGGCUUACGACCUCAAGAUAAGACUCAAAUGACAAUGAUAGUAACAUGGUUAGUAGAAAUAUAUCUCAACCAGCUAGGGAUCCUAAAGGAGCAAGAGAAACAGCAGGACAUAUCUGAGAACUACCAGGACCUGCAAGAUGAAUUCCAAAAAUUCCUCGCUCAAACUAAAGUUAAGGAAUGUGUAGAUGGCAAUAGGAACACAAUAUAUGAUUUGAUAGCAAGCCAUGGGGAUGUGGAGGAUAUGGUCUACUUUGCCGUCCUUAUGAAAGAUUUUGAGCGAGUGAUAGGCCACCAUUUGCAACAUGAGCAAUAUGAUAAAGCACUGGAGGUCCUGGUCAAACAGCCUGACAAGGAGCUUCUCUACAAGUUCUCACCUCUCUUGAUGCAGAAUAUUCCAGAACUUACAGUAGAUGCAUGGAUCAAUACAGGACGUAAUUUAGACCCUAAACGCCUCAUUCCAGCUCUAGUCCAAUAUGACCACCUUAAAUACAAAACACAGGGCAAUGCAGCAAUAAGGUACCUUGAAUUCUGUGUACAGACCCUUGACUGCCAGGAACAGUCAAUCCACAACUAUUUACUCUCUCUGUAUGCUAAACUUAAACCAGAACAACUUAUGACCUAUUUGAACUUUCAAGGACAGGAGUCUGACAGUGUGUGUUAUGAUCUAAAGUAUGCCCUAAGACUAUGCGCUGAACACAAACAUCAGAGGGCAUGUGUACAUAUCUACUCAACUAUGGGGCUGUAUGAAGAGGCUGUGGACCUAGCUCUAAAGUUUGAUGUAGAGCUUGCCAAACAAAAUGCAAAUAAACCCAGUGAGGAGGGUGGCAGUGACGCUGAGGAACUCCGCAAGAAACUGUGGUUGAGAAUUGCACGGCAUGUAGUGGAAGAAGAGAAGGACAUCAAACGUGCGAUGGAAUUUCUUCAUGAGUGUGAUUUAUUGAAAAUUGAAGAUAUUCUGCCAUUCUUCCCUGAUUUUGUGACAAUAGAUCACUUCAAGGAUGCAAUUUGUACUUCUCUACAAGAAUAUAACCAGCAUAUUGAGUCCCUGAAAGAAGAAAUGGAGGAGGCAACCGAGAGUGCCAAAGACAUAAGGGGAGAAAUACAAGCCUUUAGGAACAAAUAUGCCUUUGUGAAAGGUCAAGAUAAGUGCUCAAGCUGUAAUUUUCCCUUGAUGACUCGCAACUUCUACCUUUUUCCCUGUAUGCAUCGCUUCCACACAGAUUGCCUCGUGGCAGAGGUGACCCCUUAUUUAACCAGUGCCAAAAGAUCACAAGUGAUAGAGCUACAGAGAAGGUUAGGAACCCAUGAUGGCAGCUCUCCAUCUACCCCUGCCCAGGGCAAAGGUCAAAGUUUAAAGGUGGAGCUGGAUGAGCUGGUUGCCGGGGAGUGUGUAUUUUGUGGAGAUUAUAUGAUUAGGAAUAUAGACAAACCAUUUAUUGAUCCUGCAGAAUACAGUGAGGUGAUCAGUAGUUGGGAGUAGAGACAAACACUAUUCUAUAGGAUGAAAUAUCAGAGCAUUCAACAACCUCUCCAUCGUAUUAGAGCAGAGACAUUGAUAAGAUAACAUUACCCCUGAGACGUUUUCUCAAUUGAGUUCAUAAUUUUCACUCCAAAAUUGGUCAAAAUAUCCAUGUUUAAAGAUUUUCUGAAUUUCCAAUUUCAAGUUUGAUUUUAACCAGGUACAGGAUUAUUUUUGAAUUCUCAACUGAGAGCACUUGCUUUCAACAAUAAGUCUAGUGCAUUAUUUGAGAAAAUAGCUCAAAUAGAGGCAAUUCUUCAUUCAUUCACAUGGAUGAGAUACCUUUCAACCAUUCAAUAACAGCCUGAAAUUAUGAACCCAUUCAUAUAACCGACUUAAAGCUACUUGGUAUAUAAAUUUUGAUGCAGGCCAUCCAUCAAAUGAAAACAUCAACCAUAUGCCAUCCAAAAUUGUUAAUGGCACAAUCCCAAAAUAUUGUUCAGUAUUCCAAUUGUUUUGCAUAAUAAAUUUCAACAGAAGAAUAUAAGUGAACAAAAGAGUAUUAUAAAAUGGAUCAAUAUCAUAAAUAGGGAUUUGUUUUAAUGAAAUUACAAAAUACUUCUAUACUCUAGGGGCCAGGACAGGACAGAAUUAUCAACGGAAUCACUUUUAUUCUUUCAGGAUCACUACCCCAGCUCUCCACAUGGAUGUUUACAGCACUUCUCAUUGUCUAUUAUAAAAUUUAUAUAUCCUAAAAAGUAAAAAAUAGAUCCUUUUGGCACAUACUUUGUGCUAAUAUUCAAAGGAUAGGUAUCGAUAUAAUGAACAACAAUGUUUUUCUCUUAAACCAAUUACUGAAAACAUUCUGUA